UGCAACUUGACUGACUACUACUAGUGACUAUUAUUCGCUAUUGGGAAGCUGGCGUCUCAAUACGUUAUUGUAGAGUGCUAUAUUUGAGUGGAGUUACGAUAUUAAAAAGUGAUAAUAUAAGUCGUUUUUUUAUUAAGUCUUUAUUACCGGAUGUCACGAUGCCUCAGACGAAUUCUGCGAAUUUAAAUGGAGUUUCUGGGUGCGUCCAAAAGAAUGGAUGGCAUUCACCGGAGCAACAGAAUGGCCACCAGCCGCACAGGAAAGUUUUUGAUAGCGACAAUGAAUUUCAAGCCAACGGAAACGAUGUUAAAGAGGUUGACGAGAGUAGAGUUAGAUAUCCCGAUGGCACGGUGCGACUCCGUAAUCCGAACAUCGAACUCAUGGAUCAAGACAUCCUUUACCACUUGGCAUUGGGCAGCGGAUCUCAUGAUCUCGUUGAAAUGUUUGGAGACGUUAAGUUCGUCUGUAUGGGCGGCACGCCAAAGCGGAUGGAGCAGUUCGCGUACACCAUAAUGGCGGAGAUUGGGCACAAACUGCCUUGCGGCACCACGCUACAAGACAUCAGUCAGUUCUCCUAUCGCUACUCUAUGUAUAAAGUCGGCCCUGUUCUGUGCAUCAGUCAUGGAAUGGGUAUACCGUCCGUGGGUAUCCUCUUGCAUGAGGUGAUUAAACUGAUGUACCACGCGAAGGUACGGGAUCCGGUGUUCUUCAGGAUUGGCACGUGCGGAGGCAUUGGAUACGAGGGCGGCACUGUCAUUAUUUCUGAAGAGGCAGUCGACGGUGCGCUUCGGAAUGUUCUGGAAUUGACGGUCCUGGGAAAGAAUAUACAGCGUCUGGCGAAGUUGGAUAAGAGGCUUGUUCGAGAGUUGAAAGCGCUUUCUGACCCCGAAGAUCCCUACGAUACUGUGACAGGAAAGACUAUGUGCACAUACGACUUUUAUGAAGGUCAAGGGCGUCUCGACGGCGCUUUCUGUGACUUCACAGAAAACGAUAAAAUGGAGUACUUGGAGAGCAUCCACAAGGCUGGGGUCGUGAACAUUGAGAUGGAGUCUCUAGCAUUCGCGGCGCUUACUCACCACGCCGGCAUCAAAGCUGCGGUCAUCUGCGUCACACUGCUAGACAGGCUUAAAGGCGAUCAGGUAUUAGCACCCAAGGAGGUCUUGGAUGAGUGGCAGCAACGUCCUACUAAACUCGUUUGCCGAUAUAUCAAAAAGUAUUUGCAAAUGAAAGGCAGACUGUCGUUGGAUGGACACGGUUCAAUCGCCGUUAAGAGUCCCAGGCGGUUCAAACUAGUGCAGCAAGAAUCGGAAACCUAUGAUUAAUGGGUACAAUGCAUCAUAAAAUCGUACAAUUUAUAUUGAAACUACAAAAUUUAAAGGUGAAUCGUCACAGAUAUUUUUUCCUCUGAAAUUCGAUUCUAAGGCACUACGCUACAUAUAUAUUUUAAGUUACUGACACGGGAUGGCAUGGAAUCGGAAUAGAGAAGCAACUAGAUGCAAUGGUUAUAUAUUAUGUAACAUUUUACACCACAUUACGAGCAUUACAGUAAGUGGACAUAUACAGGGUUAAAUAAAAAAUACCAGAAAGCACUCGGCCUGUAGUUGCUUUCAUUAAAACGAACAACUUUCAUUUUACUCCUUUUUUUAACUCGAUAUUUUGUGAAAAAAUAAAUAUAUAUAGAUAUUUUACUUAGAUACUAUACUUGUUACUACUCUAUAACGUAACAUCGGCAAGACCGCGUGAAUCACGACUCUAUCGUAAGAUCGCUGACCUGACAUACACAUCCUGACAUCACAUGUAUUUGAAUUCACAGUGUAAUGUAAUUUCACAGAAAUAACAUGAUCUAUUAAUUUUUUGUAUGAAAUAAAUUAAUACUGAAUUUUGAAAGUCGUAGACCAGAAGUUGUUAGUUUUAAUGAUAGGAACUACAAGGUAAAGAGCUUUCUGGUAUUUUUUUAUUUAACUCUGAAUUUGUAUGGAAAUAAUCUAUCUACACUACUUGCAUCUUUCACUGAUAAUUAUUUAAGUUGCUUUAAAUAAACACUUUUUGAUGACUUACUGUGGUUGUAGCAAUCAAAGUAGCUGCAUGUGUUUAUGGGGUCGAUUUCAUAUAAAUAAGAUAACUAGUUAACCUUUCUGAUAUAUAAGUACAUUUAAAAAUUGGUGGUUACAAAAGUUGUGUAGGCUUGUUGUCAGCUCCUAAAAAAAUGUAUUUGAUUUGUUAAGAAUCCUAUUUCUAGAAUCAAAACGUAGUGUACCUACGGAUUACAUAUACAAUCUCUACGAUUUAUGGUUGACCAAGUGACGAUGACAAAACCUUUAAAAUAAUGGAAAGCUUUGUUUCGUACCAAUGCACACGCAUCGAUAUCUUGGCACAAUAUAUUGUGUGUAACUGCCAAUUUGACUAAUUUGUAUUUAUCGACUAAUACAUAGGUACUUUACCUUUGAUGUUUGAUAUGGUGAUAUUUAUUUAUUAUAUUAAUUGUUUUUUUUUUUUAAUAAAUUUAACCUACCUACUUGCCCGUUUAGGUAAGUUAUCGAAAAUAAUAUCGACUUUAAAUUUGAACAUAUCUAUUUCUUAAAGAUAAUUAUGAAUAAAAGUUAAAGCAUUACAGGUCGUUUACAGUCUCUGCUUACCCCAAUAUUUUUCUCUCUGCUACAAUACUUACUUUAGAUAUUUACUGUACCUGGCAUUGUAUGACUAUUGACGUAGCGGUGCAGUAAUCAAGGAUUUUUUAAAUACGUCCCCAAGAGGAACUGACUCGCUAGUAGUUUGGCAUGUUCAACUGCGGGUCACAAGGUCGUGAGUUCAAUAAUUUAAAUCAAUAAUACUUGUUAAUCUUUCUAAAACAAAGCACAGAUAUAGCAUAUUUGUAGUCAAUUUGUCUUGUCCUAGGGCUCCUAUUUAGCGAAGGAAAAUAUCUUAUUUCCACAGAAACGCGGACAGAUUGCGUGCACUAGCUAUUAGAUUUAAAACUAAUUUUUUCACGAUUACCUAUUAUAUUAUUUAAUAUUAAGCUUAAGGUCGUUUUAAGUUUGCUUGUGUAACAUAUUUAGAAUUAAAUAAUCUACCUAUACCUAUCCUAAAAUAUAUUGCCACUUUUACUCUUGAUAUUUUGUCUUUUGAAGUUGUAACAAUUGUUUGUAUCCCGUACAUAUCAAGAAAUAUUUUUAUAAUACUAUUUUACUUGGGUACACGCUUAUUUGGGAUACGAUUUAAUUUGAUAUUGCAUUAUCUGAUGUUAAAUUCAGAUGAUAUUUAGACCAAGUGAAAAUUUGUUAUAAACUAAAGAACUUCAAUGUCUGUAAAACUGCAUAGCACAUUCCAUUAUUCACGUUAUCAGAAUAUUAAUAUUAGUGAAAGGUUACAAAUGCUGGCGCGACUUUUAAAAAUGUACCUCAGUACAUGUUCCGUAGGAUUUUUUCAAGGUAAAAUUUGAAAGUUUAGGGUUCGUUGUACUUUUUUUUUGAAUACACGUAAAUCUCAAUAGUUCGAAUAAUAAGUAUGUAUGUUUCUGUAAUUUUCUAAGUACUUAUCUAUAUACUAGAUUAUAGAUAGGUAUCUGGACGAAAAGCACGUUUGAUGAGAUCUAGGCGUAUGAUUUGUGUAUAGCGUAAUAAUUAAAGGUUUCUUAAAAAAUGUAGGCAUAUUGAUGUAUGAAAAAUAUAUCCCAUUUUAAAUAAUUUAAAACAGUACAGCGUUGUGCACCUGUGUCUUAUCUAUUCUUAUAAUAAAAUGGGCACCUUGUAGUUUUAGCUAUUCCUUAUAUAAGAAAGUUCUCUUUGGGCACAAUGCCUUUGAUAUGAUAUAUUGUAUUAAUCUAUAUUAAUAAAUAUUCCUUAUAUUAUUGACAACCAUUAAUAAAAAUCCAUUUAAAAAGGUUAAAUAUAUGAAAAAUAAAGUAUUACCCAUUUUGUUAGUAAUUGUUGGUCAAAAGUAUGUCUAAAUGAUAGGAAUAUCUAUUUAAUAUUUUUGUUUGAAAAUUGCUUGCCUGCUUAAUAAGUCCUAGCU